CCCGAGACGUGUUCAUGUUGACUAGCUAACUGAUGGUAGACUUGGGCAUGGCCCAAUACCCCGCUCGAAGCCCAAUCUCGUUCGGUGGCCAGGAAACGAUGUCGCAGUGCGUGCUCCGGUCCUGAACCGAGCCUGCUGCACCAUCCGUGGUCUGAUUGCCGCCCCGCCUGCUCUUGCAAGAAAUCCCGAAACUCUCUCACUUGUCUUCAUUACAAACGCCCAAGACUGCCAGGAUGGCGUCUUCUGCAUCGCAGGCUAGCGAGAGGACAGAGGCAGGGCCUUCAUCUGUACCGUCCGAGCCGCCUCAAUUGCCGCCGCUCUACCUUCCAACGCCUUCAGAGUUGUUACCACCUUCGCGCCUUUUGAACGCAGCACACGACUUGAUCUCUAUAUUCGGAUUACAAGCCAUCUAUAAUGAAGCUGUCAGACCUUACAUCAAGGAAAGGCCGCCGCUGGAGCCGUCAGCCGGCAAGGAUCAGGCCGUAGGUGCAGGCGCAGCUUCCGGUGCAAGUGCUGGGGCUGGGGCAGGACAAUCGGGUUCUCGCUCAGCAGGAGCUAUGAAUAGUCCAGCAGGCACAGCCGUUCUGACUCCCAGACCCACACCUGCAGGCACGGUUGUACAGCCAUUAGCAGGGGUGGCAGGCUCUCCCAGUGCGGCCACCCGGACGAUUGUCGGCUCGUCCCCUCAAGCUGCAUUCGGUUCCAUCUCGUCCAUAUCCGCACAAAAGACAGCUCCAGCGGCGGGGGCAUCCGGACCGAACUUCGGUCCUUCCCCCCGGCCUACGCCCCUUGCAACUGCAGCAGGUACACCUAUGGUAGGCAGCAGCAGCAGCAUUUUGGGUGACGCGUCUGCAAGUACCAGAAACAGGGGCACUGGCGUAAGUGCAAACAAGGCGGAUCCUCCGAAGCCUCCGCGCAGCUGGGCACACUUUGUCGAGGACUUGCCGGGUAAAGUCAAGCCCAAGCCGCCGUCUUCAUCCAAAUAUCGCUCUCGGGAGAAAGACAACAUGCCGGAUCACACCAUGCGCAACAUCAUCUUCAAACCCGAAACUACGAUUCACCGCAUCGUGCCUUUCGAUGAAGAGAUGCUGCGCAAUUUCAUCGUGACGCCCGGAAAGGGCGGAGAGGAUAUGGACCUCAGCAGGCUCGAGUCGGAUGAUGAAGAGACGCAGAUGCCGAAGAAGAAGAAGCCAAAGCGGCCGCGACAGCCGGAUGGCGCGGCUGCGACUCUGAACGCAGAGGUAAGCGCCAAACGUCAGAGGCGAUGAGGUAUACCUCGUGCGAUGAGUCAGCUUCGGAGCAAGAUGGCAGGUUGCAAACGUUCAAAUUGUAGCAUACAGAAUCCAGCACACAGGGUCAUCAAUUAGACAACGCUUAUGUAGCAAUGUGUCGC